UUCUUAAUUACAAGGAUUUGCUGAAAGAAGAAAAUGUGAGGAACCCUAGCGAGAUACGGUAUCUCGCGCGCGAAAAUGCAGAAGGGAAUGCGACUCAAUGACGGCCACAUUACCUACCUGGGUCUUUUGGCAAAGAAGGAUGGCACAAGGCGAGGCUGCUUGAGCAAGAAGAGCUCAGACAAUACGAAAUGGCACACCAAGUGGUUUACGCUGCUGCAGAACAUGCUCUUUUAUUUUGAGAGUGAGACGAGCUCGCGGCCCUCGGGUUUGUACCUGUUGGAGGGCUGCGUAUGUGACCGCUCACCCUCCCCUAAACCUUCACUUUCCGCCAAGGAGUGCUUUGAAAAACAGUACUACUUCACAAUAAGCUUCAACCAUGAGAACCAGAAAGCUCUUGAGCUCCGUACUGAAGACGUAAAGGACUGCGAUGAAUGGGUGGCAGCAAUAACACAUGCUAGUUACAGAAACCUGGCCACAGAGCAUGAGACUCUUAUGCAAAAGUAUCUACAUCUACUCCAAAUUGUGGAGACUGAGAAAACAGUUGCUAAGCAACUUCGACAACAGAUAGAGGAUGGGGAGAUUGAGAUUGAACGCUUAAAAUCAGAGAUUGCUGGACUGCUUAAAGAUAAUGAGAAGAUCCAGUCCAACCCCACUACAGCCCCCAGUGAGGAUGACUCUGAAAUCAAGAAAAUAAAAAAGGUACAGAGCUUCUUGCGAGGUUGGAUGUGCCGGCGGAAGUGGAAGACUAUAAUUCAGGACUAUAUCCGCUCACCACACGCUGAGAGCAUGAGGAAAAGAAACCAGGUGGUGUUUAGCAUGCUGGAGGCUGAGGCAGAAUACGUUCAGCAGCUUCACAUACUUGUCAACAAUUUUCUUCGACCGCUUCGCAUGGCUGCCAGCUCCAAAAAGCCACCCAUCACACAUGAUGAUGUCAGCAGCAUUUUCCUUAACAGUGAAACCAUCAUGUUUUUACACCAGAUAUUCUACCAAGGCCUAAAAGCACGGAUAGCGAGUUGGCCAACAUUAGUCUUGGCUGACCUUUUUGACAUUCUGCUGCCUAUGCUAAACAUCUACCAAGAGUUUGUUCGCAAUCAUCAGUACAGCUUACAGAUCCUGGCCCACUGCAAGCAGAAUCGUGAUUUUGACAAGCUGCUCAAGCAGUAUGAGUCCAAGCCUGACUGCGAGGAGCGUACUUUGGAGACUUUUCUCACAUAUCCCAUGUUCCAGAUUCCACGUUACAUUCUGACUCUCCAUGAGCUACUGGCACACACCCCUCAUGAGCAUGUGGAGAGGAAUAGUCUGGAUUAUGCUAAAUCCAAGCUGGAGGAGCUUUCCAGAAUCAUGCAUGAUGAGGUGAGUGAGACAGAGAACAUUAGGAAGAACCUUGCUAUUGAGCGUAUGAUUGUGGAGGGAUGUGAAAUUCUCCUGGACACCAGCCAGACUUUUGUCAGACAAGGAUCACUUAUUCAGGUACCAAUGAGUGAGAAAGGAAAGAUCACCCGUGGCCGCCUGGGCUCCUUGUCUCUAAAGAAGGAGGGCGAGAGACAAUGUUUUCUUUUCUCCAAGCACCUGAUCAUCUGUACCAGGGGUUCUGGGGGAAAGCUGCACCUCACCAAGAAUGGAGUGGUGUCGCUUAUUGACUGCACUCUGAUUGAGGACCCAGAGAGCACAGAUGAUGAGGCAAAGUCAGACAAGAGUGGACAAGACAUGGAGCACCUGGACUUCAAAAUAGUGGUGGAGCCUAAAGACAGCCAAUCCUUUACCAUAAUUCUAGUGGCUUCCUCACGGCAAGAGAAGUCAGCCUGGACUAGUGACAUCAGCCAGUGCAUUGACAACAUUCGCUGCAAUGGCCUCAUGAUGAACGCCUUUGAGGAGAACUCAAAAGUGACAGUUCCGCAGAUGAUCAAAUCUGAUGCCAGUCUCUACUGUGAUGAUGUGGACAUUCGCUUCAGUAAGAUGAUGAACUCAUGCAAGGUGCUGCAGAUCCGUUAUGCCAGCGUGGAGAGGUUACUGGAGCGGCUGACGGACCUGCGCUUCCUCUCGAUUGACUUCCUCAACACCUUCCUGCACUCAUACCGUGUCUUUACCACAGCUGAUGUUGUUCUCGACAAGCUUAUUGCCAUCUACAAGAGGCCCAUCAGUGCCAUCCCAGCACGCUCUCUGGAGCUGUUUUUUGCCAGCAGCCAGAACACUAAGCUGCUUUAUGGAGAGCCUCCCAAGUCACCACGUGCUAAUCGAAAGUUCUCCUCUCCUCCUCCACUGGCUCUUGGCAAGACAUCGUCUCCAAACCGGCGGCGCAAACUCUCUCUCAACAUCCCCAUCAUCACUGGUGGCAAGGCCUUGGAUCUUGCUGCACUUACUUGCUCCUCCAAUGGCUAUGCCAGCAUGUACUCAGCCAUGGCACCCUUCAGCAAGACCACACUAGACAUUAACAAGCUCUUUGUGUCUAGCCCUAUCACCAGCAAGAUCAGUGAUGAAGCUGAGGGCAAAUCUGAGCGGGCAGAGGAGCCCCCACUUGCCAAACAGGAUAAUUCCGUGAAGGAGGAGAAUGAUGGCGAGCAGGUCCAGAGUGAUGAGGCUGAGACUUCACCCACAAAGUCACCCACCACCCCGAAAAACAUCAAGUGCAAGAACUCUGACUUCUCUCUAUUUUCUUACAAUAAUGGCAUGGUGAUGUCUUCUUGCCGAGAACUGGACAACAACCGCAGUGCUCUCUCAGCAGCAUCUGCUUUUGCUAUUGCCACAGCUGGCGCAAACGAGGGCACACCAACCAAAGAGAAGUAUCGUCGCAUGUCCCUCGCCAGCACAGGAUUCCCCACAGACCAGAGGAAUGGAGAUAAGGAGUUUGUGAUUCGUCGGGCAGCAACCAACCGAGUCCUUAAUGUCCUGAGACACUGGGUGUCCAAACAUUCCCAGGACUUUGAGACUAACGUGGAAUUAAAAAUGAAGGUAAUCAGCUUUUUGGAGGAGGUUAUGCAUGACCCUGAGCUGCUGACCCAGGAGAGAAAAGCAGCAGCUAACAUUAUAAGGACACUUACUCAAGAGGACCCUGGUGACAAUCAGAUCACUCUGGAAGAGGUUCUGCAGAUGGCUGAAGGUGGAAAAGCUGAACCUUUUGAAAAUCAUUCAGCUCUGGAGAUUGCAGAGCAGCUGACCCUGAUGGACCACCUCGUUUUCAAAGUCAUCCCAUAUGAGGAGUUCUUUGGCCAAGGCUGGAUGAAGAACGACAAAAAUGAAAAGACACCCUACAUCAUGAAAACCACAAAACACUUUAAUGAUAUAAGCAACCUAAUUGCAACAGAGAUCCUCCGCUGCGACGACAUAAACACUCGUGUGGCUGUGAUGGAGAAGUGGGUAGCAGUAGCUGACAUCUGCCGCUGUCUCCAUAACUACAAUGCCGUUCUGGAGAUCACCUCGUCCCUAAAUCGCAGUGCCAUAUUCCGCCUUAAGAAGACCUGGCUCAAAGUUUCCAAACAGACAAAAACCGUGAUUGACAAGCUGCAGAAGCUGGUCUCCUCUGAGGGAAGGUUUAAGAACCUGAGAGAAGCUUUAAAAAAUUGUGAUCCUCCAUGUGUGCCGUACUUGGGGAUGUACCUCACAGACCUGGCAUUCAUUGAGGAAGGCACACCAAACUACACUGAGGAUAACCUGGUUAACUUCUCCAAAAUGAGAAUGAUCUCCCAUAUCAUCAGAGAAAUCCGACAGUUUCAGCAAACAGCGUACAAGAUUGAUCAUCAGCCAAAGGCAGCUCAGUAUUUGCUGGACAGUAGCAAUGUAAUGGAUGAAGAAAGCAUGUAUGAAGCCUCACUCAGAAUGGAGCCCAAAAUUCCAAACUGA